AUGGAAACCAAAGCACGAGAAAAAGCUUACACGUUUGUAACAUAUACAGCGGUAGUCUUUUCAUUGGUUGCUAUCUUAGCUAUAUUUGUAACAUUACCGAUGGUUAACAAUUAUGUUACUAUUAUCAGUUCUCGAGUUACCGAAGAAAUGGAAUACUGUCAGACGUCAGUUCAUGAAGUAAUACUUGAAAUGCGUGAAUAUCGUGCGCCGUCUGAUGCAUCUGACGCAUUGCAUGAUGUUGACAGCGGUAUCAAAAAUUCAUUCAAUGUUACAAGAGCUAAGAGACAAGCUGGGUGUGAAGGAUGCUGCCUGCCUGGAUUACCAGGACCUGAUGGUCCAGCCGGUAAACCAGGACUGCCAGGACGUCCAGGAGCAUCAGGCGCACCCGGCUUCCCAGGAAGACCACCAAGAGUAUGUGAGGAAUUAGAACCAUCACCUUGCAAACCAUGCCCACCGGGACCUCCAGGACAGCCUGGACCAAGCGGAGACAAAGGCACAUCUGGACGACCAGGACAACCAGGUCGUAUGGGAAAUCCAGGUCGUCCUGGACCACAAGGGCCACCAGGACCACCCGGACCUAAUGGAAAUCCAGGUCUUGAUGGACCACCUGGUGAACCAGGUCGCUCAGUUAUCACUAUGCCACCAACUCCUGGGGAUCCAGGACCAGCUGGAACAGAGGGACAACCAGGAGCACCUGGCGACAUUGGACCAUCAGGAAAUCCAGGACAACCAGGAAAUCCCGGUUCUCGCGGGCCACCUGGUCCACCUGGGCAACAAGGUAGUCAGGGAGAGAUAGGUGAACCAGGACAGCCAGGUCAACAUGGACAACCCGGUGAACCGGGAAUUUGCCCCAAAUAUUGUGCUCUGGACGGUGGCGUCUUCUUCGAGGAUGGAACACGACGUUAA